AUGCGGGUUAAUGAGGUGCAGGUCCAGAAUGAAGACGACGAUCCUCAGGUCCUCGAGGUGCCCUCUGCGGACGUGACGAUUCUGGGUAGGCACCUCACAGACUUCUUGGACACGGGAGCCAGUGUAAGCGUGCUCGGCAGGGACUGCAGGGAGCUCGUGGAAGCACUAGGGUCCCCGGUUCAGCCAUACUUCUCGGUGGUGAGGACGGCAUCUGGUGAGGAUCGGUCUUUUAUUAUUAUUAUUAUCGGACGUUUGGAUUUGACCGUGGAUUAUAGAGGAGUAAAGAGGACAAUAUCUUUCUAUCUUUGCCCUUACCUGGAACAAGCUGCCUACUUUGGAAUCGAUUUCUGGCGAGUGGUCGGGCUAGAACCAGCGGUCGUAGGUGGAAUCGGGCCGAAGCCGGAGAAAGAAGCUGCCGAAAUCCAUGCCAGGCAAAUGGAGCUCUACGCCGACCAAGAGGAGAUGGACGAAGCUCUUCAAGGACCCUAUCCCAAGUCUCCAGAGAAGCAGAAGGUCGUUGAGGAUGAUGUGGACAAGAUGUUGGCGUUGGGAGACAUUGAGGAGAGUAAGAGGCCGUGGAGCAAUCGUACGACGGUAGUGUCCAAGCAAGGGAAGAACUGCUUUUGUCUGGAUGCCCGCAAACUGAACGCUUUGACGGUGAAGGACGCAUACCCUCUACCUAGUGUUGAUGGGGUCCUCUCCAGGAUCGAUCAGAGGCACUUUAUCUCCUGUGUGGAUCUAAAGUUUGCAUUCUGGCAGAUCGAAUUGGAUGACAACAGCAAGGAGUACACGGUGUUCACGGUUUCUGGGAGACCGUUGUAUCAGUUCCGGAUGAUGCCAUUCGGGCUGUACAACGCAGCGCAACGCUUGGUGCGGCUGAUGGACCGGCGGAACCACGACGGCGAGGAGCAGCCGAUCGCGUUCUUCUCGGUCAAGAUGAAUAAACACCAGGUCAACUGCACGGCCACGGAGAAGGAGUGUCUGGCAGCCGUUCUUGAAACUUCAUUCUGA